CUGUAUUAACAUAGAGCCCGGAGCCUCUAUCGACGCAGAUGUAUCACCUCAGUUCAAAGUUGAUACUGCGACAUUAGCAAUGGCGAGUAAGGAUAGAAGUGUGUCCAGCAACAUCGGUAGCAACGCAGGCAUCCACCCAUGCUUCCAGAGAAGCAAUUGGAAAGACACAAGCGAUGCCGAAAUGGAGUUUCUGAAACCAGUCUUGCGAGUUGCAACACAGAUGAUGGCUAUGGACAGCGUAUUAGACGUGUGGUAUGCUCUUGGACAGCCAUUGCUUACACCGCCUCCAACAAGAAUGUUGGUGGCUCAGAAGAAACCCUUCAGAGUGUUCUAUACUGGUCAGUCGACACGGGAGCAGAGGGCCAAAACGGCGAGGGAAUCAAUGGGUCUACGCGAUUUCGUGACGUUCCAUUGGAAGGCCGAACCUGAUGAGCCUGGCUCGACGUUGGCGGAUGUUAACAAAAAGGGUCUUCGAGGCGGUACUACCACGUACGAUAAUGAUGAGAAGAGCAUGAAUUUGAAGACUGGUGCUGAUACUAUAUUACCAGGCAUGCAUGUGACAUGACACUCGACAUUGACCUCAAAUACAUCAUCUGUAACCCGAUGAAUGCAUUUAAUGCCUCAUACUACAACCCAGAUGCUUCGGAUCAAUCGGCAUCUCUGCGCACACAACUCCAUCUGGCCACGGUACUGGUCC